GUUGUGUUCGAAUGUUGUCGUGACCUCCACCGCUACCACGAUUCAAUGGCAAGAUCUGAGUGAAGAAGUUGCCUGUAUAUCCCACGCGCUACCCAUUGUAGGGUCUGUCCUCAUUGAUUCGCAUUCUCCCAGUCCAAUUCUGCAUCCAGCUUUUCACAUCUCAUAGCUUCACAUCUGAAAUUUGCAUUUAUCAUGAGUUCCAUGACGUUUUGCGUCCAGAUCCCGCCAUCUUUGUUACGAACUGGUCUUGUGGUUUUCAGAUUCACCUGUGGAGCUAUCAACUUCUCCACUCAGUUGUAUCACCAUUGCACAUCACACAGCUCUCUCUGUUAGAAACCAGGGAAGGUUUCCGAUCUCAAAAUACGCGAAGUCCCUUUUGCAUUUAGUCUACAAAUUCCCCUGGAACCAGAAUCCAGGUUCUCACCCUUCAAUUCAGGUUCACCCUUACCCUCCAUUGAAUUCGAACAGUGUCCUGCUUCCACUUUGCACAAUCUUCCUACGUUACUGGUAAUUGCUCAUGAUCAAACUUGGAGUAGCCUCAAGCUCAAACUUGGAUGUGCUGGCAGGAGCGAUCUGAAAAUUGGAGAGACACUGCAGGGCCAGCUCAACAAGCAUUCGUCGAGGUGGUCACCGCCAUUUCUCGUUUCGAGCGUGUCACAGUUUGUGCCAGUCAAAAAGAGAGCAUGGAGUACUCUGGGUCACUCCUGUUGCACCGCGCUAGAAGUCUCAUGCCCAGCAUGCAGAUGCACUCGAGUUGUUGCACUGAGACAAAAAGUUCAGAUUUCUUGGAGUAAACGGGGCUUGCGAAUCGAGGAGGAGGACUCUUUUAAGCUCGGAUACAAUUUGCCCGCGGGAGCAAUGGGUUGUUCCUGUAUGAAAGUGGAGGGCGGAAUGGAAGGAGCCGGUGCGUCCAUGGUCAGUCCUGCUGCUGAACUUGCCACACGGGGAAUGGACUCCGCAGACGAGGAAACUGAGGUUCCCUCCGCUGUUCAAGAUCUUAUACGGCGUCUGGGAGAGACAAACUGGUCAGACUGGAGUACGACCGGUUCGUCUCACCCAGACGUGACCGAAUACUCCAUAUUAAGGCGUCCAGAAGUUAAAAUUUUCUUCCCGGAGGAUGCACCGCUUUCGAAGAACGCGAACACAGGGUGGCGAAGCCAAGUGCGACUUCGAGUGCUGGAGGCAAUCGGCAGCUGCAUCAGCAGUUCUGAAUUGCUGGACGUAGGAGAUAUUUGUGACAUUCAUAUGUCCAGGUUGACCGCUAGCGAGUGGGAGGUAGUGUUGAGAGGUUUUAGGUCCAGCAGCGUUUUACGAGAGAUGAGAAUUGGCGAACUGAAGUGGAGUUCCGAAGCGGAUUUGGAGAGCUUGGGUUUACAGCUGGCGAUAAUUCUGAAUACCUCAAGUGUAACACAUUUGGCAAUAGGAUAUUGCAGAUUGACUGCGAGAUUUUUCUUGAAUCUCGCAUCAGGACUGCGAGAAAAUUCCCACUCAAAACUCAAGUCUAUAGAACUACGUCGCGCCUGGUGCGACGCAAACGCGGUGAAGUUUAUCGUUGAGGUGUUGAACGGUCAUCAUCAAUUAGAAACUUUGAGUUUAGUCUCACCCCACGACGUGGACGAGGCGGCCGUUGAGCUCUUGUCCCAAGCUUUGAAGCAGAACUCGUCUUUAAAAGAAUUGGCAUUAUAUGGAGUGGAGGGUGAAUCUGCCGCCUUAUUGCUGAACACAUUGGCCGAAGAUGAUGGCAACCGAUCCAUUGAACGACUUGAGCUGAUAUCAAUGUCUGGUAUUGAUAUCGGGGAAUGUUUAGCAGAAGUUUUCAAUUCUAAUCGAUCAUUGAGGGUAGUGACAUUGGGCGACAUCAUCAUGCCUGUGAAGAUUUGGCGCUUGCUAGGCGAAGCCAUACGUGACAAUGCCACAAUGACAACUGUCAACUUAUGGAGAUAUUCACUUCCAAUAUUGGGGCUAGAAGAGCUUGCUCGCGCUGCUAGCUCCGAUGAGAAGGAUCUCAUGCUGCAUCUAAAAAUCCAACCUAGUGAUUACAGUGACGUGAGAUCAGCGCUCAACCUGUUACGUAGUGUAUUGCGAGGGGAAAUCAAGUCUAUAAAAUCUUUUGGUCUAUAUCAGUCAACUUCAGGUGGCAACCCUUAUUCUUCCACUUCAGGUGGCAACCGAAAGAGUAUGGAAGGUAUUCUUUCGAUGAAUGGAAAAACUGGAGAAACCUCAGCUCUGAGUAGACUGGAAUUGGAGUUACAGAGCGAAGAUAUUUUUAAGGGAGUAUGGAAGCAACUACUUCAGUGCUUGCGUGGGAACACAAGUGUCACUAGCUUGUUUUUGUCUUUCUCUCAAUGCGACGGAGGAUUCUUGGAGGAGUUCAGGGACUUGAUGGCCCUCCUCCAAGUGAACUUGACCCUCCGGGAAAUAGAUGUCUCCAACACCCCGUGGGGGAAGGACGGAAAGGCGGCGCUCAUUGAAGCGGCCCUCAAGCAGAACCAACAGCGGGCCGUGUACAUGUCCGUAUUCACUGAAGCCAAACUACAAUUUGGAGAUGCAAAAGCUGGUCGACUCUUCUUGUGUGGCUCUCCAAAAGCAGGCAAGACUCAAUUGCGUCGAACUCUGAUGAAGAUCAUUCAGGACAAGAACUGGUUCAGGGAAACAGUGGAAACAUUAUUAAGGACCAAAGGCAUUGAAGUGGAGUUCUUGCAGAACGAUGACGAAAUGCAAAUCUCAAUUUGGGAUCUUGCUGGACAAUGGAUUUUUCGUACCCUUCAAAAUGUACUCUUCCCUCACACCAACGACUUUUGUGUUUUUCUUUUUGUGUAUAGCCCUUUCUGUGAAGAAACAUCUUCUCCCAAACAAGAAUUUUGUUUCCGUACUGAGUUGGAAGGCUGGCUGACUUUCAUCGCAUCCAGCACAAAGGUCACAGGCCAUAAUCUUCCACAAGUUCUUGUUGUAAUUUCACACAAGGAUAAGAUGGCAUCCACCUCUUUGACUUGGGCUGAAUCCAUGAUGGAAGAACUCAGAAAAAGAUUCGCAAACUAUGUGGAUCUUUGCCCUAUUCGUGACUUUCUUUAUGUGAAUGCUCAGGAGAGGAAUCAAGUGAUUCCUCUCAAAAAUCACAUUUUUGAGAUGUUCAAGAAGUUGUUCUGUGAAAAUUCUCCACGAGUUCCUCAAUUGUGUUUUCAACUCUCUUCCCGACUGCUUUCAAACAUCAAGAAGGAAAAAACUUGCCCUCUUUUGUCAUUAGAAAAGUUUCACGAAUUCUGUUCUCCUAGCUUGAAACAACUCAUUCUACCAUCAUAUGUUGAUCAUCCAAGAUUAUUAACCUCCCUCAUAUCCUACUUAAAUGAUGUUGGAUCCAUCAUUUAUAUUCCCAACCUUGAUCACAUCAUUGUCGAUCCAAAUUGGCUCACAAAUUCAGUUUUGGGUGAGCUGAUAGCUAUGGGUCAACACUUUCAAGCUGAAGAGUCCAAUGCUUAUGAGAAGUCAAUGUCAAGUGACUCAUACACAAGCAAGGACGGAUUUGUGAGUGAAAGUGUCUUUGCUCGAUUGCUGGAAACUUUUUUGGGAAAGCAAUCACGCUUCCAAAAUGUUGACAGAGAGGUCCUUGAAAAGAUUCUUUUCAACUUAGAUUUGGGUUUCAAGCUCGAAGAUUCUUCUCAAUAUUUCAUUCCUUCUUUCAUCAGUGAGUAUGCAAGCAUGGAAGAACAGAAGCAACAAGAAGGGGCGCGCGCGGUGUCGAUGUCAUGGGACUCUAUGGUUGCAACUUCAAAGUUUGUCGGCAUUCGGAUUCAAUGCGAAGAUUUGAAAACAAUGUCACUAACUGCUGCAUUUUUUCCGCGCUUCCAGAUGUUCAUGAGACGCAAGUUAAUAUCCGAGAUGUCUGUGUCCAUGGAGACGGUGACAUUCUCUCGACAUUACUUGAGACUUUAUCUUGAUGGACACCAAAUCUAUGUGGAGCACGUUCAGAGUGAAAAGUCUCACAAUUAUGUAGAUGUUUUGAUGUUAUGCUCGGAGCACAAGUCAAAGGAGGCGGCCAUCAAAUAUGUUAUGGACAAUAUUGUCCACGAGUUGAUAUCAUUUUGCGCAUCACCGAACGGCUGUCCUGGGGUGGCGUUAGUGCUCGGUGUGAUCCAGACAAUUUGCGUGGAGAAGCUGAUUCCGACUCAUCUCAGAGGAGCCAUUCUGAUUGAGGAGCUCAAAUCAAAGUUCUCUAAUGACAUCAAUAAGAAACUUAGGGAUAUUGCGCUAGAUAGGUCGCAAUUGGUGAAGGAGGAAGAGCUGAUCCAUUAUGAGUAUACUUGGCCCCCGAUUCCAACUUGGCAUUUGAACGCAACAUUCGAACGGGCUACAAAUCUGCUGUGGGAGAGCGAUGUGGAAACAGUUGUGAACGAGAUCCGACAAAAGCGCAGUCAACAAUUGGAGUCAUUGCAGCAAAGCCUCAUUAGCUUGAACAAUGAUUUGGCUCAGUCUCACCCUCAAAGCAAGAUAACGGUUAGCAACUCGAGUUUACCUCACAUGAAAGAUUACAAUCCAGCUUCAGCUAGCUGCUCGAGCCAGGCUAGCACAAGUGUGGGAACCCAACUUGUUUUGUCUGAGAUCCAUCAGCUAGGAGAAAAGGUUGAUAGUGUGCAUGAGACAGUGAGAUCAGUGAAGAGCAUUGUGGAGGGAUUGGAUGUGAAGAUGGGACAAAUAAUUUCUUUGCAACAACAACUGCAGUCAACGUUCAAUGACUUCAUGUCUAAUGUUGACAGAAUGAUCGGGUAUUCAGAAUCACACCAGCAGGCCAAAACGCCAAAGCGACCUUACGUCACGGACGAUGUUGGGCUUUUCUACAAGAUGAGUGCAAGUCUGCAUCUGAAAGAAACCGUUUGCUUACGCUUGAUGUGUGAGUCCAUCACUGGGUUUCACCCCGUCGAAGGUCAAGAAGGUUUGAUGCUGCGCUUGGAUAAGGAGAAUAGGGGAUGGAUUCCAAAAGUUAUUGACAUUUCAUACAAAAUCCUGUAUUAUGCUCUAAAGGCUGGAUUGGAUGUGACCCUCGGGUUAGGCGCAGCUAUUCCAGAGUGGAAUGAUUUAAAAACCGAUAUUGUUAGAGUAGAAGGUAUUAGUAAAGUAGAUGGUAGGGCAAUUCGGAAAAGUGUCCAGAGCAAGGAGCAGAGCGAGGAGCUGAACCAAGCAUGGUUGAGGAUUCAGCAAACUCUUGCGCCUGAGCUUAAAAAUAACUUUUCCAAAAUCUUCAGGUUGUAUCAGGUGAAGUACAAGAAUGGUGGGCAUGCAUGGGUGUGCGAAAAGUGCAUGACAAAAGAUCGUCUUUUUAUAAGUUAAUUUCACAUGUUAGGAUUUUAAAGAGAGUAGAAUGUCAUUAUGCAAUUGGCAUGCAUAUGUUUAGAUUCUCUUGCAAUAUAACCCUUUGCAUAAUCUUCCUUAUAAUUUUCAAUGAUACAGGACUUUUAAAAGUUAUGU